AUGGCAACAGCCAAUCAGUCAAGUGGGGAAAUUCCUGCCCCUGUCCCAAUGACAGGCGACACACGACGGCAUAGCAAGGUCAAGCGCAAAGCCCUAAAAGCAGGGAGAGGUGGGCGGGUCUUCCAAAUGCAUGCUCCGAAAGAGGAAACUCUGGGUCACAUCCAUGGGUAUAAAUAUGUUCCUCGAACCGUUUGGACUGCGUCCCAUUGGCCAGAUUGCACCCAGCUACGAGGGACCUACCAAUUGGGUGUUGUGGCUGACCAAUCGUACCCACCCACAACACAGGGUGUCGGUUUCCAGGUCUCUUUAAGGGAGGACCUGAUUUCUCACAGAAAUUAG